AUGGAAGCUGUGAAGAUAGUAUGGAAGCCGGAAGGGAAAACACCUAGAGGAAGACCUAGGAAAAGAUGGUUUGAUGUGGUAGAAGAAGAUCUAAAAACCCUUAGAGUUGAGAAUUGGAGGGAGACAGUUCAAGAUAGGUGACAAAGUGUAGUAAUGGCGGCAAAAAUUCUUGAGAGUAGACAUUUCUACAGCAGAGAAAAAGAUAGAAUCAUUAGAAUCAUUUGUAAAUAUUAUUUAUUAAUUUUACAAAUUAAGUACAUACAUUAUUUUCUUCUUUAAAACACAAAAAUGAGUGUUGAACUUGAGAAUUUCUUUUAGAGAGACCUGUGAAUGACGAUGGAAUCAUCUCGGGUGCGCGUGAAAACUUUAUGAACUUAAUCUAUAUUAUAUUUUUCCUAAUUCCACCAGGACGACCAAGAUUGUGGUGGAAAGAUGGUAAACGACUAUGGAGAAUUAAAAUCUAGAGAUCUGAAAACAACUGUAACGAACAAAGGUGAAUGGAGACUUCGAGACGAUUAUGUUCUUAAUCGACAGCAUAUCGCGAGAAAUAAGGAUAGACGGGGUGAACAGGUUGUCCCGUGA